CCUGCCGCCAAUAAAGUAGCAUUAGCUAGAUGGCUAGCUACUAGCUAGCUAGUUUACAUUUCAGCCAAAUCAGCUAGCCAAGCCUUCUAGCUAGCCAACGACAUGAACAAGGCCUACUGUACAGUUUUAAGCGAAACAAUUUUUUUAUACUGUCAUCAACUGUUACCUAUGCAGUUGUUAACUAGUAAAGAAUUUGGAUUCCCCCAUUCCACUCUCCUCCCUUCGCCUUUUGGUCCCCCCUCUACGGCUGAUGUCUGCAUUUAUGUGGCAGGUAGCACAACAGAGGGCCAUCAAGCAUUAUGGAAAACUAGAGGAGUUUGUAACUGUGGUAACACAAACUGUCCCAGAACUUAUGACUGACAGACAGAGGACCCUCCUUAUUUUGGGGCUGAGAGCAAGGGUAAACCCUGUCAGCCUCCGAACCCUCCUUUAUAGAAUAAAGUCUUCUCAACAUGCACAGUCCAAUGAAGCAGGCAUGGAAUCACCCGAAGCUGACUUUGCCAAGCUCACCCAAAGCUUGAUUACAGACCCAGUUGAGCGUGAACACUUUGUCCAAGUGGUGUUCCCUGAAGAAUUCAGACCAGAUUUUGACCAAGUGCUUCAGGAACUCGUCUGUGACUUUCUCACUCGGUUGGAAGAGCUGCUUACACUACCAGACUUCAAACAGACUGCACUCUUGCUGAGUGCUGGCUCCUCUGGCCUGGAUGAAUGUCUGCAGUCUUUUUCUCACUCAGAGGAUCUCCAGUUUCUGCUGCAAAAUUACAAACAAUGCAGAACAUUGUACACAAACAUUUCCUCCUCUGACAUUCCUCAGGAGUCAGAUAUUGAAUCUGAUGCCUUCCCGGAUCAGUUAAACCGCACCAAUCAGGACACUGGUGUGAGUAUGAGGCCUGGUAUACAAAACAGAGACUGCCAAAGGAUGGAGUUGGCAUCACAUUUGGUGGAAAUGGGGAGCACAAGAGAUAUCAUUGGCUGUGAUGAAACCUGUGAUGAAGGGAAUGAAGAUGACAUAGAUGUUGUGGAGGAGUCGGCACAGAAAAGGGCUGGGUCUGGGGUUUCUCCUUCCAGUGUCAUGCAAGGUGGCGAGACAGACACCGCUGCAGGAGUGUCAUUUCAGGUGUUGACUCCACUUUCUUCAGCUUCAAACGAAUGCGCCCCGCCUACUUCUGUUUCAUCACAGGUGGUUGCCCAUCAGUGUCCCCAAUGUGGGAAGUGCUUUAAUUAUCAGUCCCAACUUGUUCAACACCAGCAAAUACACUGCGGAGAUAAUCCAUACAAGUGCUCCAACUGCGGGAAUAGAUUCAAAUUCUAUACCAGCUUGUCAAAUCAUAAGAGGAUGCAGUGCAUUGGCACUGCGUAUAGCUGCCCCAAGUGCUGGAGAGAGUUUGGUUCACUGCGUGAGAAAUUGAGACACCAGUGUCCACACAAUGAUGUCAUGUACAUCUGUCCUCAGAGCGGGAAGAGUUUCAAGACGCCACAGCAACUGCCAUUCCAGUGCAAUCAGUGCGCAAUGUCCUUUUCCGAUGGGGAUCAGCUGCAGACCCAUGAGAAAAUUCACGGACUUCCCCAGACGCUUGACUGUCACACUUGUGGAGUAACUUUCAGCAACUUGCCCAGCCUUGUGCAACAUGUGGAAGCCCACAAAAGGUCAGAUUUGAAGCCAUCGUCUCACCUUCCCAGGAAGAAGAAAGGAUUGCUGCUUCCAAAAACACACCAUUGCCAUCAAUGUGGGAAGUCGUUUGUAACUAAUCGCCGCCUUAAGGAUCAUGUGCGUACUCAUUUGAAUUAUCGUCCCUUCUCAUGCUCCUACUGUGGGAAAUGUUUUACCCAGAAGGGGAAUCUCAAUGUUCACAUAAGGAUCCACACAGGGGAGAGACCCUAUAUGUGCUCUGUAUGUGGGAAGACCUUUCAGUCUGCAGGGAAUCUGCAAGUCCACCAGCGCUUUCACACUGGAGAGAAACCUUACCAAUGCAAAGAGUGUGACAAACGUUUUACUAAGUCGAGCCAUUUAGUCGUCCACAUGCGUGGGCAUACUGGAGAGCGUCCCUUCACCUGUCAUGAAUGUGGGAGGAGUUUCAUCCGGAAGACAUGCUUAAAGAAACAUUUGUUGGUUCAUUCAGGGCAAAAGCCAUAUUCACGUCCUCGUUGUCCGAAUAAUUCCAAACGCGGUGCGCAACCAAACUAUCACAUGAAGGACACUACCUCUAAUUCCGCCGUGAUUGGACAUUCGGCUCCUGUGGUGGGACAUUCAGGCGCCGUGGUGGGUCAUUCGGGCGCCGUGGUGGGACAUUCGGGCACCGUGGUGGGACAUUCGGGCGCCGUGGUGGGACAUUCGGGCGCCGUGGUGGGACAUUCGGGCGCCGUUGCUGGACACGUUUCUGGACAUGUGGCUGGACACGUGGCUGUACCAGCAAUCUAUCAUGAUAGUCUUAACAUUAAAAUGUUAGCACAUGUUGGCAUGUCCAGAGGCUAUACCAUGGAGAGGCUAGGAGGCGGUCCCUCAAAUUGUUAGGUGUUGCCCCGCAUGUGGACGUUCGUCUGUUUUUAAUCUUCUCGUUUAGUUGGGGGUGAAACUGGGAGUAUAUUUGCUAGCCAACCAAUUAAUUAUGGGGAAAAUCAAUACUAGAUUCUGGGAAUUUCAAGUCCUAUUAGUCGCACUAACACAGAUUUUCAAACAUACGCCCUGCAUUGAGUUCUUUCAAGAAUUUUAAUUAUAACAGUUAUUUACCUAUUGUUAGGUUGCGAUGGAAUGGUCUUCAAAGAAACUUUUCAGACAAAUGUGUUGACAUUUCUUGAUACAGAUAUGACUGUAAGAUCAGGGUUUGGAUACUCACUUGUCUUUGUUAAUUAGCUUUGAAAGUAACCACCCCUUUUGCUUUACACUUGUUUCAUGUCCCUGUAUCUUUUGAAUGGGUGUGAAAUUCCUGUUUGUUGAUGAGUUUACUUCUGCCAGUUGCUGUUUGAAUUUGUUGCUUUAUGGUAAAGAGAACUUGCUAUACCUUUUUGCCCAUUUGAUAACGUUAAAGUUGCCAAACAAAGUUAAACUACAAUACUACUUUCACUUGUCACUUGCAUUGCAUAUACAUCCUGUCCCAGAACCUUAUCAAGUAGCUUACUUUGUUCUGAGUUCUGAGAUUAAUGGACCAGUUUACAAGCUACUUUAUUGUUUCAUAUGAUGUUCCAUUUUUU